UCGCCGGGGUGAUCCCGCCAGCUGAGGGGCGGCAAGAGGCGGCUGCUGGCAGCGCCCUCGGGGGCGAGGGCCCCGCGGCCACCGCCAGGGUGACUCGAGCCCCGGUGCCGGGGAUGGUCGGGGCCCUGGCCGGUCCCCGCGGGCAGCCGGCUCCCCCCCUCCGGCCGGCAGAGCAGAAGCUCUUGGAAUAGCUGACAGCAACACUCUGAGUAUGGGUCUCAGAGAAGGAGUGUGAAGGGCAGCACCCCAGCAACCAGCACUGAAGAUAAUCCGCCUCCCUCCAGAAAAUCUUCCAGACAGAAUACUCCUGCUUCCAGCACCAUGGCCUCUGACCUGGAAAGCAGCCUCACUUCCAUAGACUGGCUCCCACAGCUUACUUUAAGGGCUACUAUUGAAAAAUUAGGGGGUUCCUCACAAGCAGGACCUCCAGGGUCUGCCCGAAAGUGUCCACCAGGCUCACCAACAGAUCCUAAUGCCACACUGAGUAAGGAUGAGGCUGCAGUGCACCAAGAUGGGAAGCCACGUUACAGCUAUGCCACUUUGAUCACAUAUGCUAUCAACUCAUCGCCUGCCAAGAAGAUGACGCUUAGUGAGAUCUACCGUUGGAUCUGUGACAACUUUCCCUACUACAAAAAUGCUGGUAUUGGUUGGAAGAACUCUAUUCGUCAUAACCUCUCUCUGAAUAAAUGUUUUCGAAAGGUGCCUCGACCGAGAGAUGAUCCAGGGAAGGGCUCUUAUUGGACAAUAGAUACAUGUCCAGAUAUAUCUCGCAAGAGGCGGCAUCCUCCAGAUGAUGACAUACCGCAAGACUCCCCGGAACAAGAGGCAAGUAAAAGCCCCCGAGGGGCUGUUCCAGUCAGCACAGAAGCCUCUUUACCACCUGAGGCCACCCCUCAGAUGUCGAUCCAGAGCACCACCCCCAUUGCCAACUACAGUCAGCAGGGUGCAGGGCCUGUGGAUGUUGCCUCUACAGUAGCCGGGGGGCAGGGCCGUGAAGGGGCUGAUGUGCCACCCCCACUGUACAGUGCCAACCAUGACUUCAAGUUCUCCUACUCUGAGAUCAACUUCCAGGAUCUUAGCUGGUCCUUCCGAAAUCUCUACAAAUCCAUGCUGGAGAAAUCAUCUUCCUCUCAGCACGGUUUCUCUUCACUCCUUGGUGACAUGCAGCCCUCCAACCACAAUUAUUACAUGUACCAGCAGCAGCAGCAGCAAGGCCCCUCCUCAGUGGGUGCUGCUCCCCCACUCCACACUCCAACCCCAGAGGGUUGCCCAUCCCAAGGCGGAAAGCAGCAGGGUGGUGAGGGUUAUGGCCCUCCACCAGUGAUGUCCAUGCACCCGCCCCCAAUGCAGCAUGGAGGCUACCACCAGCAUCAACAACAUCACCCGCACUCCCACCCACAGCAGCAGCCACACCAGCACCAGCAGCAGCAGCAGUCACAGGCUUCAAUCAACAGUGCUGGCUUUGCGUUUCCCCCUGAUUGGUGCUCCAACAUUGAUUCCCUGAAGGAAAGCUUCAAGAUGGUAAACCGGCUGAACUGGUCUAGCAUUGAGCACUCCCAAUUCUCAGAGCUGAUGGAGAGUCUGCGCCAGGCUGAGCGGAAGAACUGGACGCUGGAUCAACAUCAUAUUGCCAACCUCUGUGACUCCCUUAAUCACUUCCUUACCCAGACUGGUCAGCUCCCUCAUCUGGUUGGCCCACAGCAGCCCCCUCGAAUCUCUGAUUCUUGUGCCCUGAACAGUGGCAAACAGGAGCAAUCCAUGAACCAAGUGAACUCCUAUGGUCAGCCCCAGCCUCCCCAUCUCUUCUCCGGGCCAUCUCCUAUGUACCAGAUUUCCACCCAGGACUCUCCAGGAUAUAAUCGCCCAGCUCAUCAUCUGGUCCCCCGGCCUCCAGGACCUCCUCCAGGCGCCAAUGAGGAAAUCCCCGAUGAUUUCGACUGGGACUUGAUCACCUAGCGAGUUACAGACUUGAUAGGCCGUCCUUUGUGAGGGACGUGGGAGGGGAGGGAGACAUGGGGUCAAUGGUGUCAGCACCGCCCUCCCCAGCCUCCCUGCCUUGCCUGUAUAUAGAUAUAUAUUCUCUAUCUCCGCCAGAGAAGCCACCGCAAGAUGCUGCCGAAGAUAAUCCUUCCUUGCGUCCUGUUUUAUCUUCUUUUCUUCUUUUGUUUAUUAUUAUUAUUGUUAUUAUUAUUAUUACCAAUAAUUGAGCACAGCCCUCCCCCUCCUCUGGUGGCCUCGGACGCAUCGGAUCAGCUUUCAUGUUGUGUAGUGCCCUAUGGAGGGCAGAAAGAUGGGUCCUUGGUGCCAUGAAAAGACCUUGGAAGGCUGAAUCCUCGAGUGCAUCUUUCUCUGCCUCCGUCAUUUUGCGUUUAACAAUCCCUCUUUCCCUUCAAGGUGGCCGGUGAAUCUGUUGUAUUGGCUACUGGAGUGAGAGAGCCUAGUGGACCCUGGGAGCCUGUAGUUAUGUUGUUUCGUAAAUGUUGUAAAGGUCAGGGGGCUGAAGGGGCACUGGAGGGGUGAUCUUAGCUCUGUGAACUUUGUCACACCAGCAGGAACAGCAAGAAAAGAAGUGGUGUUCCCAAGUACAAAGAGAAGGUAAUCCCUGAGGCAGGGAGAGCUAAGCUGAGCUGGGAGGGCAGACCUGAGUUUGGAGAAAGGAGAACGGGGCAGAGAUGGUAUUUCAGCAGUGAAGUUGGGUUUCACAAUGUGGUGCCAUCUGUGAAGACAGAGAGAUUUUGAAGGGAAUCCUGACCAUUUCCUACACUGCUUUUUGCAGUCUCCAGGUGAAGCUUAAAUACCCAUCAGAUAAAAGAAGCAGUCAGGGGUCUCACAUGUGAUUCAGAAAAUUCUGUUCCCCAGAGCUUUUAAUUUCACCCCCUAUCCCUUCAAGCUCUUCUUCAAAACAUGUAGUGAGGCUCUUACUUGCAUAUGCAAAUUUGGAAAUUUUCUCCCAUCAGUAUUUGUCCAAUUGUUAUUUGGCCCUCUGCCCCUCAGAUUUCUUUGGAGACUGUCUUUGCCUGUGUUUUGAGUGCCAGCAGCAGGAGCCUUGUUGCGUACGUGCAUGUCCUCUGUCAGGGGUUCCCACUUGGUGAACGGGCUCGUGGUGGGCAGAUGAAGCUGCUGCACAGACUGGGGGGGAACUUGAGGGACUGCUGGUCAAGGGCUGGACCCUCUGGUCAGGUACCGGGAGGCCCUCACGAGCAGUUUUUGUAAGACGGGCAUUAGAAGAGAGAGGAUGAAGCAGGGCAGGCUUUUAAACCGAACAGCUGAAGAGUGUAGUAUAAAAGGGAGGUGGGUGGGUCAGACCCCUUUCAGUUCGGCUGGAGAGAUGACAGCAUCUGGUGUAAAUCCUUAAGGAUGAGUUUUGUCAGCACUUGCAAAUCAGGAAGGUGGAAAAGGUGCAGGAGCAGGAGUGAGUGUUGAGAUGCCUCCUCCCCAAAGCUAUGUCCUGUGUUCCCCUUUUUUUCUGGUAUGGCUCUGUUCUGUCAAACCUCUUGCUUUCUCUUAAUAUUUUGUAAAGCCUCCCCCCAUCCCUAAUUCCCUGUUUAUCAGUGAAGGGAACAAACAUGGAGAUAGACCAUCAUGGCCACUUGACAUGGGGCAGGGCAGUAAAGUAAUAACCUCUACUAUGACUGCAGGAAGGUGGGGAACUGCCAUUGCUUUUUCAAAUUGCUGUAGGGAUAAACCAAUCGGAAAUUGGAUCUUUGUCAGGGAAGUGGACAGAGUCUUAUUGUAUCAGGAGGGGGGAACAACACUUUUUUUUUUCUUUUUUCUUUUUUUGUUUUUUUUUUUUUUUUUUUUUGGUUUCUUUUUUUUGUUUUGUUUUAAGUGUGUGUUUGGGGGGGAGUUCGUCAUUGAGUAUUUCCAAGAGAAAUGAGGAAUCCCAGACAGCUUCAUCAUGGAGUCAGCUGUUAUCUCUGCUGAUUCAGGAUGGGAAUAAUACAUCUUGGAAGCAUGUGUGAUAGGUUUCUGUGGGAAGUGGCACCAGAGAUAACUCAUAGCAGGUGCCAGUUAAUGCUUUGCAAAGGACAUUACUGAGAGCCGGCCCUAUGGAAGUCUGAAAACACCACCGGAAGAAAAACAAACCAAGAUGGCUCCUUCUGCGUAUCCAAGUGCUCCUCAUUUGCAUAUUUGCAUAUUAAGUUGUGCCUCAUUUGCAUAUGUAAAUACAUGCCGGUCAGUGUGCAAAUUAGCCUCGUUCCUCUGCCCCUGAAAUAAAUGUGCGUUGUUAGUGCGUGGAAGACAUCGGUGGGGUGGGCAAGCACUGGCCUGCAGGGAGGGGAGGGGGGCCAGCCUGGCCUGGAGGAAGGUCCUGCAGGCCCUUCCAGCCCGGUGUGGCCCCCCCUGUGCUUCGUGUCAGUGGUCAGGGAGAGAGGGGCGUGGUUUCACGAGUUUAUUUUUGUGCAUGCUUUCUUAAUAAAAAGAAAAAGUGAAUGUUUAUGGUUUAA